UUGGUUAGUCUUGUCAUGUCAGGCCAGAAGUUGUUUGCUGCCCAGAGGGAUGGACAUGACGAAGUCAUUGUGCCCCCCACAAUACAGAGCAUCAGCCAGAGCCAGGCCCCUCUCCCUCAAACCCCUCAGAACCAGGUUUCAAACGUUCAGCAGACACCUCAGGGAUCUGUCUACUCAUUUGAGUCCAUCACAAUCAAAGGCCAGCAGUUCUUUAUUUCGAAGAUGAUUGGCGGUGGAGGAUCUAGCAAGGUGUAUCAAGUCUUUGAUCACAAAGGGCAGCUUUAUGCCAUUAAGUAUGUGAACCUGGAGGAGGCAGACGCCCAGACAGUGGAGGGCUACAAGAAUGAGAUUGAGCACCUCAACCUCCUCCAGCAACACAGCGACCAGAUCAUCAAGCUGUACGACUAUGAGAUCACAGACAGCUACAUCUACAUGCUGAUGGAGUGUGGGGACCUGGACCUCAACACCCGGCUGCGCAAGCGCAAGUCCGUCAACCCCCUGGAGACGAAGGUCUACUGGAUGAACAUGCUGGAGGCCGUCCAGACCAUCCACAAACAUGGAAUCGUCCACAGUGAUCUGAAGCCAGCCAACUUCGUAUUUGUGAAUGCUUCAUUAAAGCUUGACUUUGGCAUCGCCAAUCACAUUCAGCCAGACAUGACGAGCAUCAUGAAAGACUCACAGGUGGGCACUCUGAAUUACAUGCCCCCUGAGGCCAUCAGAGACACCUCAUCCAAGCCAGGAACCUCAAAGAUCAGUCCUAAAGGUGAUGUGUGGUCUCUGGGGUGCAUCUUGUAUUGCAUGACCUAUGGAAGGACACCAUUUCAGAGCAUCACCAACCAGUUUGCAAAGUUGCACGCGAUCAUUGAUCCCAGGUUUGAGAUUAAUUUCCCAAACAUGGCUGAGAAAGAUCUGUUGGAUGUUCUCAAGAGGUGUUUGGUGCGUAAUCCGAGGGAGAGAAUCUCAAUUGCAGAGCUAUUAGAACACCCCUACUUACAGCUUCAGCCACAAGUUCCUGAACCUGAGAAGCCUUGCACUGAUGACCUGAAGAGAAUCCUCAAUGAGCUGGCUGCCUUACAGUCCCCCAACAGCAUUGCAAGGGCUGUUAGUAACUUGGCAAAAAUGUGCAACAGGGGGAUGAAGUUGGAUGUUGCUGAGUGUGCGAAAAUGUCCAGAGUAAAUGGAUGAGGUGCAGUCCACUGUUCACCAACCACCUCAGGAUUACGAUUGGUCUGUAUCUUGGCAUGACCCCUCGCAUGGACAUGACAUGGGUCAUAUUUAUUGUCAUGCAUUGUACAGCUAGCUUUCACUCUAGUCUGGCUUCCAUCUCUACCACCUACAACCUGUUUUAGCCCUUAAGUAGUUUUUCAGCAACAACUUCAACAAGCCCGUAACCUAGUUUCUGUGACCAUAUGUUUAUCAAAUUUUUAUAGCCACUUCAGCACCUUCUCAUCAGUGUUGUUUUAAAAUGUUAUGUUAUACACUUUGAGAACAAAAAAUAAACGAACCUUUCUUUGUUCAA